AUGCGGUUCUCCUCGCUCUUUGUGGCGGCUCUUGUGCCAGUCGGACUCGUGGCUGAAGGCGUUGAUGGAAAAUUGUCGACCCAAGAAUUGAACCUCGAUGAAAUUCUGGCAAAGCACAACCUCGCACUGGUUCCCCGAUCAGAUCUCACAGAAGCUCUCACAGAACUCAAUGGAUUGCUCAAGAAGAAUCACGCCUUGCAACAACGAGCUGCCUUGUUUCCCCGACAAAAUACGACGAACUCAGGUUCCACCACGAGCUCCAGCGGAUCACAAGCUGCCGGGUUGUUGGGAGGACUAUUAGGAGGAACGGGAGGAACGGGAGGGACGGGAGGGACAGGACUGCCCGGGGACAUCACCGGUUUACUCGAUAUCGUCCCAGCAGUUAAGGAGUUGACUACAUUAUUAAGAGCAGCCCAGACAUUGCUCACUCCAGAAUUCAUCAAAGCCCUUCAUGAUGCCAUGAUCGAACUAGCAGAGACCCUGAGUCCUCCAGUUCCUCGUCAGAUCCACCAACUCCUCAACGACACGAUCCCUCUUGUGCAGUUGCUCAACAAGCUUGACCUUCAGAAUCUAGUUGGCCAACUUGGAAAUAUCGAUCUUGGCGGCUUGGUCAAAUCGGUCAUAAGUCUUUUGAGCCAAAAGAACAUUCAAAACAUCGACACACUACUCAACAAUGGGGCCGCACUGCUUACGCCAACCUUUGUUAACCAGACACAGUCACUUGUUGGCGAGGUAUCUCCCUUGAUCGAAGCAUUGAAGGGCAUUGAUCUCAAGGGCGUUCUUCAACAACUGUCCCCACUCCUGACGUCUGAUUCUAUCCAGAAGAUUGUCUCACUGGUCGAUAAUGCCGGCACACUCCUGAACAACCAGACCACCACGGAGAUCAAGACCGUGCUGAAGGGAGCUAGCCCACUAAUUGAGUCUCUGUCCAAGGCUGAUUUGGGCAGCCUGAUUGAACAGCUCGGUCCUCUUCUCAAGGAGCUGGGAGGCAUUGAUCUUGCUGGUCUUGUCAAAGCAUUACAGCCGCUGCUGUCUGAACAAAGCAUAAAGGGAAUAGUUGGCUUGUUAGGCAACGCGGAAGACUUGCUGACCAAGGACUUUGUCAAUAACACUCAAUCACUUGUUGCCGGCGCCGGGCCCUUGCUUGGAAGUCUAAAGGAUAUCGACCUUAAGAGCUUGGUUGAUCAACUCGGCCCGAUUCUCAAGGAACUAGCCAAGAUCGAUCUUGUUGGCCUAUUUGACGCCCUAAAACCGCUACUUAGUAGCGAUAGCCUUAAAGGAAUUACUGGCCUCCUUGAGAACGCAGAGCUUCUUCUGACAAAGAACUUCGUGAACGACACACAGUCGCUGGUUGCUGGCGCUGGCCCGCUUCUUGGCAGUCUCAAAGAUGUGGAUAUCAAGAGCCUAGUUGAUCAAAUUGGUCCCAUCUUGAAGGAGGUUGCUAAGCUAGACCUCGUUGGUCUCUUCGACGCUCUCAAGCCGCUGUUGUCAAGUGACAGUAUCAAGGGAAUUGUAGGCCUUCUUACGAAUGCCGAAGAUCUCCUAACAUCCAAGUUCGUCAACGAAACGCAAAGCCUUGUCUAUGGUGCUGGACCUCUUGUCGGCAGCCUCGGCAAGCUCGAUCUUCAGAAGCUACUCGACCAAAUUGAACCACUUCUGAGCGAGCUCACUAAGCUUGAUCUCGCAGGGCUGCUUAAGGCCUUAGAGCCUUUGCUUGCUCCGGAUAGUAUUCAGGGCAUUGUUGGAUUAUUAGGCAACGCAGAAGCUCUUUUGACGUCUAAAUUUGUGAACGAAACUCAAAGCUUAGUUUCAAGUGCUGGCCCUCUCGUUGGCAGCCUCGGCAAGCUUGACCUCCAGAAGCUUAUUGAUCAAGUCGAGCCUCUUAUUAACGAGCUAACAAAGCUAGACCUAGCCGGCCUACUCAAGUCAUUGGAGCCACUGCUCACUUCCGACAGCAUCAAGGGAAUAGUUGAACUGCUAGGUAAUGCUGAACAACUUUUAACGGGCGACUUUGUCAAGGACACGAAGAGCUUAAUAUCUUCAGCUGGACCGCUUAUUACUAGUCUUGGCAAGCUUGAUCUACAAAAGCUGAUUGAUCAAGUUGAGCCUCUAAUUAAUGAAUUAACUAAGCUUGACCUAGCUGGUCUUCUUAAAUCGCUGGAGCCACUACUCACUGCAGACAGCAUCAAGGGUAUAGUCGGGCUGCUAGGCAACGCGGAGGAUCUUUUGACUGGCGAUUUCGUCAAGGAUACAAAGAGCCUAAUAUCUUCUGCUGGCCCCCUAAUAGGAAGCCUUGGAAAACUCGACCUGCAGAAAUUGAUCGACCAAGUUGAGCCACUUCUUAAUGAAUUAUCUAAGCUUGACUUAGCCGGCCUUCUCAAAUCGCUAGAGCCGCUACUUACUCCAGACAGCAUCAAAGGAAUUGUGAGCUUGCUUGGGAAUGCUGAAUUGCUCCUCAACAGGAAAUUCGUGGAGGAGACUCAAAACCUCGUUUCAAAGGCUGGUCCAUUGAUCGACGCCCUAGGAGAGCUAGACUUGCAGGAUUUGCUUAAGCAAUUAGCACCACUUCUUAAAGCUCUAGGCCAGAUCGACCUCCCCGGACUGUUAGAAGCGCUCAAGCCGUUAUUGAGCAAGCAGAGUAUUCAGGGCAUCGUCGGAUUGCUGGGCAAUGCCGAGAAGCUUCUCUCAGGAGAGUUCGUGGACGACACGCAGACACUUGUUAAGUCAGCAACUCCAUUAGUUGCGGAAUUAGGCAAGCUUAACCUACAAAACCUGAUUAAGCAGCUUGAGCCCCUACUAGGUGCACUCGGCCAAAUCGACCUUGCGGGCUUGUUGAAGGCGCUUAAGCCCCUCUUGACCGAAUCUAGCAUCAAUGGAAUCGUCGGGCUGCUGGGCAAUGCUGAGAAGUUACUCACAGGCGAAUUUGUGGAUGAGACUCAGAGCUUGAUUAAGGGCGCAGCCCCGCUGGUUGCGUCCCUAGGCAAGUUGAAUCUGCAAAACUUGAUCAAGCAGCUUGAACCCCUUCUUGCUACGCUGAGCAAGAUCGACCUUGCUGGCUUGUUGAACUCCUUGAAGCCUCUCUUGACGCAGGACAGCAUUAAGGGAAUUGUUGGCUUACUAAAUAAUGCCGAAAAGCUGCUCACAGGCGAAUUUGUGGACGAGACGCAGACGCUCAUCAAGAGUGCGACGCCAUUAGUCUCUUCUCUCGGCAAGCUUAACCUGCAAAACUUAAUCAAGCAACUUGAACCGCUCCUUGCUACCCUUGGACAGAUCGACCUCGCUGGCCUAUUGAACGCUCUAAAGCCUCUUUUGACCGAGAACAGCAUCAAGGGAAUAGUUGGUCUUCUUGGUAAUGCCGAAAAGCUACUUACAGGCGAGUUUGUGGACGAGACACAGACCCUCAUCAAGGGUGCGACGCCAUUAGUCUCCUCCUUGGGCAAACUCAACCUGCAAGAUUUGAUCAAACAGCUAGGGCCUCUACUCAACACGCUUGGCAAGCUUGACUUGGAGGGCAUAUUGGAGGCUCUCAGUCCAUUAUUGACAAAGGAGAGCAUUCAGGGCAUCGUCGGCCUGCUCGGAAAUGCUGAGGGUCUUCUAACCGGAAAAUUCGUGAACCAAACUCAUACCCUAGUGGAUGAGGCCGUACCACUUUUGGGCGCCCUUGGCACCAUCGACCUGCCUGGUCUCAUUACCAAAUUGAAACCGCUGUUGGACGCGCUCGGCGAGAUCGACCUCGGCAAGCUUAUCAAGCAGAUCACUCCCAUCCUCAACGCCCUGGGCGAUAUCGACCUCAACGGCAUCUUCGACACUCUCUCUCCCUUCCUCACACCCAAGACGGUGCAGGGACUCAUCGGUCUCCUGGCAAACGCCGAAGCCCUCCUGACGGGCCAAUUCGUCAACGAAACGCAGACAAUUGUCCACGGAGCGGCACCGCUCAUCGCGGAUUUGGAAGGCGCCGACAUCUCGGGACUCUUGAAACAAGCCAAACCCCUGCUCCACUCGCUCAGCAAGAUAGACCUGGCCGGACUACUCGACGCAGUGAAGCCUCUACUCGAUGCUCUCAAGAAGAUCGACAUUGAAGGCAUUGUGGACAGCGUCGCUCCUCUCAUAACUCCCAAGAGCAUCAAGGGAAUCAUGAGCUUGCUUGGAAAUGCCGAGCAGCUUCUAACCGAGACGUUUGUAUCCCAAACCUCGGAAUUGAUUGGCGAUGCAACACCUCUUGUGGCUACGAUUUCGGAUUUCGUCAAAGCAAUUUUUCAGUCAUUAAUGGGUCCGAGCUAG